UAUAAAUGUACUCAAGAUAUCUAAACUUAUCUUCGCUUAUUAGCAGAAGUAAGAGUCUUUUUACCAAAGUAACAAUGGCAAAAUUUUGUCCAAAUUUGUCUUUUCUUUUUACUGAGAAACCAUUUUUGGAAAGAUAUGGUUUAGCAAAACAGGCUGGUUUUAAAGUAGUGGAAAGUGGUUUUCCAUUAGGGUUUUCCAUAGAACAAGUUUCAGAAGCUAGAUCUGCGGCAGGGAUACAGCAAGUUUUACUUAACAUUUUUACAGGCGAUACUUCUAAAGGAGAACUUGGUUUUGCAGCGAUACCUGGAAAAGAGAAGGAAUUUAGAGAUAGCUUGGACUUAACAAUUAAUUACGCUAAAGCUCUAGGAGCAACGAAAAUCCAUGUUAUGUCAGGUAAAAUUGAUGGCGAAGUAACCUCUAGACAUGACGAAACAUUCGAAUCGAACAUACGAUACGCUGCUGACAUUUUGGAAAAGAACAACAUCGUCGGCCUUCUCGAACCAAUAAAUAAGUAUUCUGUGCCGAAUUAUUACAUGAAUUCAUUCCCAAAAGCUAUUUCUCUUAUCGAAAAGAUUAACAAACCAAGCAUUCGAUUACAAUUUGAUAUUUUCCACAUACAACAAAUACAAGGUGAUAUUAAACAUACAUUAGAUUCAGUGAAAAAGUACAUUGGUCACGUUCAGAUAGCUCAGGUUCCGGAUAGGAAUGAGCCUGAUACUCUUGGAGAAGUAAAUUUUCAUUACAUCUUUAAAAUACUUCAAGACGCAGGCUAUAAUGAUUGGAUCGGAUUGGAAUAUAAACCAGCAAAAGAAACAGUCCAAGGUUUGAAGUGGAUUAAAGAAUACGGUUAUCAGUUGUAAAAUCUUACAUAUAUUAGUUUCUAAAAUAAACGUCUCAUUGGGGAAGUUCAAUACAACAAUUUUAUUCAUUUA